CCAUCCACUAGGAAAGACUGAAUCAUAACUCACAAGGAGGAGCCGCUGCCACAUCUGUGAUUUCUCCCUUAAACCUGUACUGACAUCUGUUGUAGUGUGGUGUGUGUGAAACACCGCCGGAUUUUCUUUUUUCUUUUGAAAAGCAGUGUCUGUAGUUUUUUUUUUUUUAACUUUAAAACAAAUUAUCCUACAGUUCAGCUGAGAAGCCAACUUGUCAAACAGAGAAGUGAAGUUUUUGGAAAAGAGAGAGAGCGCGCAGAUGGCAGCCCUCAUCAGCGCGUACUCGUCGUGGCCGGAGUCCUUCGAGUGUCCUUCAGGAGACGGGGACGUGCCCGACGGACAUGGCCCGCACAGGACCCCCGUGGACAAGGCUCCGGAGCCGCGGAUCAGACGGCCCAUGAACGCGUUCAUGGUGUGGGCCAAAGAUGAGCGCAAACGGCUGGCGGUUCAAAAUCCAGACCUGCACAAUGCCGAGCUCAGCAAAAUGUUGGGCAAGUCAUGGAAGGCCCUGACUCCCCCUCAGAAGAGGCCCUUUGUGGAGGAAGCAGAGAGGCUUCGGGUGCAGCACAUGCAAGACUACCCCAACUAUAAGUAUCGGCCUCGCCGGAAGAAGCAGCUGAAGCGCAUCUGCAAGCGAGUGGACCCCGGCUUCCUCCUGAGCGGCCUGGCCCCUGAUCAGAACGCCCUUCCCGACCAGCGACCCCUCUGUCACCCCCUCGACAAAGACGAGGGCAGCCCCAAUGGUGUCAGCAGCAGGUUUUCCAGCCCCAGUCCUGCUCUGCCCAGCGUCAGAAGCUUCAGAGACCCAGCCGGUUCCAACAGCAGCUUUGACACCUACCCCUACGGCCUGCCCACCCCUCCUGAGAUGUCCCCCUUAGAUGCCAUGGACCACGAGCAUGUACCCCCCUCUUAUUAUUCAACGUCUGGUAGCUCCUCCGUCUCCUGUUCUUCCUCAGCCUCCUGUCCAGAUGAACACCACCAGAAUCAGACACACAUGGGCAGCCCACCCCCUUACCACACUGACUAUGCUCAGACCCAAAUCCAUUGUGGGGGCGCACACAUAGGUCACAUCUCUCACAUGUCCCAAACUGGUGGUGGACUGAUCCCUGGCCCUCCACUGUCUUACUACAGUACCUCAUCUUUCCCCCAGAUCCACCACGGGCUCCAUCAGGGCCACCUGGGACAGCUCUCACCCCCACCAGAGACACAGGGUCACCUGGAGACCCUUGACCAACUGAGCCAGGCUGAGCUUUUGGGUGAGGUGGACCGCAAUGAGUUUGACCAGUACCUGAACUCCACUGGGACCGGGUUCCACCCUGAGCAGGGCAGCAGCAUGACGGUUACAGGACACAUCCAGGUGGCGUCUGCCGCCACAACUUCUGCCACUGCAUGUCCCAGUAGCACCACAGAAACCAGCCUAAUUUCCGUGCUCGCGGACGCAACGGCAGCCUACUACAACAACUAUGGCAUCUCGUAAGCUUGGUCACGGCACCCAUUGCACUUGUGACUGAUCAGAGACACUACAAGGUUUAAAAUGGGUGAAGACAUUCGGGACGAUGUUACACUUGGGUGCUAGUAAGGGAAAGCUUUCUCUGCUCUCGUCUGUAAUUUCAAAUCUCGUAUUAGCAUCUAUGAGUAUCUUCCUCCCACCAUGAUUAAAACCGAAACUGAUUAUUGAGCAAUAUGAUUGUCUGGAGCCCAGGAAAGAACAAAGAGCAAUUGGAGGAAUAUGAAGAAAUGGAGAUGGACAACUCAGGGAUGCAGACACAAACUACUAUAGUAUGCCACCUCCAGUUGUCAUGAAAUUUCUAAACCAGAAGAACAAUCGUAAAAGACUUGUCGUCCACUUGUAAAUGUCACCAGUUACUGUUGCCACUGCGGCAUGUACAGAUGCUCUUUAGAAGCUAAUUUAAGUCCUUUGAUGUUUCGCAUAAAUGCUAACUGUAAUGCUAUUAUCGACGCUUUCCAUUCGAAUGUUUGUAUUAUAUGUUCUCACUCUCAUUAGUUUGGGAGUCUUACCUCAGUAGUUGUAAUUGAAUGAGGUUUUAGUUGGAAAUUUCUUAUGCAAUUUAACAAACGGUGUAUAAUGAAGAAAAAAGGCGUUUAUACUUCUUCUCAAGUACUUAAUAAUAUAUAAUCAUAACCUCUAUGAUGAAAAAUAAUAAUGUAUGCUGAUUUAGGUUUGUGAAAGACAAUAAUUUAAAAUAAAGUUCAAUUUUUAUAUAAA